AUGAGUAUUGGUUUCUCAUGGCCACCAAGAGCAUACAGUUGUAGCUUUUGCAAAAGAGAGUUUCGAUCUGCUCAAGCAUUGGGAGGUCAUAUGAAUGUCCACAGAAGAGACAGAGCUAAGCUCAGACAUCAUCUCUCUCCUCCUCCCUCCUCUUCAACAUCAGAUCAAUUUCCUAAUUUCCUCAUCAACCUUAACAUAACCCCUACUAGUCCUAACCCUAACCCUAAUCAUCAUCAUCAUCAUCCCCCAAACCCUAAUAUUUACUGGACGCAUAAUACAGUCAAUUGUGGGGGGCCGGCGAAUUUGGAAAAGAUGAAGUCUUGUGCCACGACAACAAGAGUCCUUUUUCGCGAGGAUAAUAUUGAUGAGGUUUACAAUAAGAGGGGGAAAAUGAAAUUAGCUGGAUUGGAUUUGGAGAAUAUGGGUUCGGUUAGAGAUUCAAAGGAUGAACCAGCGUUGGAUUUGGAGCUUCGACUGGGAUACAAUGAUACUAACUAG